AUGUAUUGCUUCCGGCGGGCUGCCUUCCGUCUUCUCUCGUUGUCUGCAUCUGCGACACCAUUACAGCCUCGGUCAAUAAGUGCAGUCAAUCGACGUCGAUUACCGUUUCUUGUUCCGCGACAAUCCUCGCAUUAUGCAUUUCAGCGCCGGUGGAAUAGCGAUGAGCCUGGGAGGCGAGAGCAAUUAGAGACCGAAAAUGAUAAAGAAAGUAAGAAGGACACAGGGAAUGAGAGCGAAGAUGGCCCGGCACAAGAGGAAAAGCGUGAAGCUACAGCGGGGAUUGAGCCCGAAUUAAAGGCAACGCCCACUGAGACAGCGGCACAAACAGAAGUGAAGCCAGAAACGAUAGGCCAAAACCUGCAAGAUCCUGCAGACUCAGACCAAGAUGCGACAGAGGAGGAGGGGCCACGAGCCGAGUCUGAGCCUGCAUCGAACGAAGCGCGAGAAGCUGCACCGACACCACCAUCCGGUCCUGCGCGAUUCAGAUAUGUUGAACAACCGGCGUCACCGAAGGAAACGGUUUUCAUCUCCAAUUUAUACUUUGAUGUCACCGCAGACGAUUUACGGAAGAAGAUGGAAGACUUUGGGGUUGUUGAAAAUGUGACGAUUGUCCAUGAUGCGCGGGGGAUUAGCAGAGGGUUCGGAUACGUUACUUACGACGCAAUCGAGUCCGCCACUAACGCAAUCGAGAACAUGGAUGGCAUUUACUAUGAAGGUCGUCAGGUCUUCGUCCAAUAUGCGCGCGUCAACACCGGCGACUACAAGCUCCGGAAACCCAAGAAUCCGCCCUCCAGGACGAUCUUCGUAAGCAGGAUUCCGCCUGAGAUGACCGUCCAAGAGCUACAUGAACUUUUUGACGACAUUCACAACGUCAUUGAUAUCCGGGUGUCCGUCGACCGGCGGACCGGGUACCUCCGGGGCUUUGCGCACGCUGAGUUCCUUGAUCUCCAGAGUGCCAAGGACGCGUUUGAAGUACUCGGCAAGAAGAGACCGCAUAACAAACCACUUAAACUUGAUUACAGUCACUCAAACAGGAAGAUGCCGGGGCCUAAUAUCGGAGCUGGGUUUGUGGACCACGACCAUCAAGUUUACAGUGGUUCAUCUUCGUCAGAGUCUUCUUAA